CGGGCCGCGCCCGCCGCCGCCGCCGGCCGGGCCGCGCUGCGCAUCGCCCGCUGCUGCCCCCUCCCUCCCGGCCGCAACUCCUCGUCCAGGCCUCUGCUGCUCCUCCUGCUCCUGCUGCUCCGGGACGCGGGAGCCCAGCAAGGUGACGGAUGUGGACACACUGUACUUGGCCCUGAGAGUGGAACUCUUGCAUCCAUCAACUACCCACACACCUAUCCUAACAGCACCGUAUGUGAAUGGGAAAUCCGUGUAAAGACGGGAGAAAGAAUUCGCAUCAAAUUUGGUGACUUUGACAUUGAAGAUUCUGAUUCUUGUCACUUUAAUUACCUGAAAAUCUAUAAUGGAAUUGGAGUCAGCAGGACGGAAAUAGGCAAAUACUGUGGGCUGGGUUUACAAAUGAAUCGGUCAAUUGAGUCCAAAGGCAGUGAAGUCACAGUGCUGUUCAUGAGUGGAAUCCAUGCUUCUGGACGAGGAUUUUUGGCUUCAUACUCAGUUAUAGAUAAACAAGAUUUAAUCACUUGUUUGGAUACUGUAACUAAUUUUUUGGAACCUGAGUUCAGUAAGUACUGCCCAGCUGGCUGUCUGCUCCCCUUUGCUGAAAUAUCAGGAACAAUUCCUCAUGGAUAUAGAGAUUCUUCGCCAUUGUGUAUGGCUGGAAUCCACGCGGGAGUAGUGUCCAAUGUGCUCGGUGGCCAAAUCAGUGUUGUGAUUAGCAAAGGCACCCCGUACUAUGAAAGCUCUUUGGCUAACAACGUCACUUCCAUGGUGGGAUACUUGUCCGCGAGUCUGUUUACAUUUAAGACAAGUGGUUGUUACGGAACUCUGGGGAUGGAGUCCGGUGUGAUUGCCGAUCCCCAGAUAACAGCGUCAUCUGUACUGGAGUGGACUGACCACAUGGGGCAGGAGAACAGCUGGAAACCUGAGAAGGCCAGGCUGAGGAAGCCUGGGCCUCCCUGGGCUGCUUUUGCCACGGAUGAGCAUCAGUGGCUGCAGAUAGACCUGAAUAAGGAGAAGAAGAUAACAGGUAUUGUAACCACUGGAUCUACCAUGGUAGAGCACAAUUACUAUGUGUCUGCCUACAGAGUUCUGUACAGCGACGAUGGGCAGAAAUGGACAGUGUAUAGAGAACCGGGCGUGGAGCAGGACAAGAUAUUUCAAGGAAACAAAGAUUAUCACAAGGAUGUUCGUAAUAACUUUUUGCCACCAAUUAUUGCACGUUUCAUUAGAGUGAACCCUGUCCAGUGGCAACAGAAAAUUGCCAUGAAAGUGGAGCUGCUCGGAUGUCAGUUCACUCUCAAAGGUCGUCUUCCAAAGCUUACUCAGCCUCCACCACCUCGGAACAGCAAUAACCUCAAAAACACCACAACCCAUCCCAAACCAGGUCGUGCCCCUAAAUUUACUCAAGCACUUCAGCCUCGAAGUAGGAAUGAAUUUCCUGCACAUACAACUGCCACUCCUGACAUAAAAAACACGACUGUGACUCCCAGUGUAACCAAAGAUGUCGCGCUGGCUGCUGUUCUUGUUCCUGUGCUGGUCAUGGCCCUCACCACACUUAUCCUCAUUUUAGUGUGUGCUUGGCAUUGGAGAAACAGAAAGAAAAAAACUGAAGGCACCUAUGAUUUACCCCACUGGGAUCGUGCAGGUUGGUGGAAAGGAGUGAAGCAGUUCCUUCCUGCCAAAUCGGUGGAACACGAGGAGACGCCAGUUCGCUACAGCAAUAGUGAAGUUAGUCACCUGAGUCCCAGGGAAGUCACCACAGUGCUGCAAGCCGAUUCUGCAGAAUAUGCACAGCCCCUCGUGGGAGGAAUCGUUGGCACACUCCAUCAGAGAUCUACUUUUAAACCUGAAGAAGGGAAAGCAGCGGCCUAUUCGGACCUAGAUCCUUACAGCUCUCCAGUGCAGGAAGUAUACCAUGCCUAUGCUGAACCGCUGCCCAUAACGGGGCCCGAGUAUGCAACUCCGAUUGUCAUGGACAUGUCAGGGCACCCCACAGCCUCAGUCAGCCUGCCCUCCACAUCCACUUUCAAAGCUGCAGGGAACCAACCUCCCGCUAUGGUGGGAACUUACAACACACUUCUCUCUAGGACUGACAGCUGCUCCUCGGGCCAGGCUCAGUACGACACCCCAAAGGGUGGGAAGCCAGCAGCUACCCCAGAGGAACUGGUGUACCAGGUGCCACAGAGCACCCAGGAGGCAUCGGGAGCGGGAAGGGAGGAGAAAUGUGAUGCCAUUAAAGAAAUCCUUUAAAGGUGGUGCUGCUUUUGACAAAGCAUCCAUUUAAAGCACAUGGCUUUUUAAUUCUUAGUGGUAGUGAUAGUAGAAUGUAUCAAGUAUCUGUCACUGAAGUGGUUAGGGGAAUGUAGUGACCGAGGUACAAGAAACUACUUAUUUUGCCAUCUUGCUUUAAAGGUGUUACUGUGUGACACAGUUACUGCUUGCCUGUUACAUUUCAGACAUCCCGUUUGUUACUACUGUAAAACACUAUUUUUAAUACAGAAAAAGCUCCCUAUAAUGCACUUCAGAGAAACUGAAAAUCACUGAGUAUUUAUUACCAAUGCUGCAGGUACAUUAAUGAGCUUGAGAUGGUUCUGUAAGCCUCGCUGGCAAUAAUGCAUGGUACUGUUCUUGAAAUACCGAAUGGCUUGAAAUUCUCCCUUUGUGAAAGGUGUGUACUAUCAUGCUUUCCUCCUCUGCUAAUCCUGUGUUGCUGUCCGCAUUCUUUGUUUACUUCACAACAAUCAGCGAUGGAUAAGCCUGUUCCAGUGGCAGCCAUGAAUACUUCCCUGUGUUUCCCCAGGAAGAUGCAUGGUUAGAACACUCUUCCUUGCAGUGAGCUAGGUGACUGGCCUCUUAUUUGAUGACACUCUUGACAGCAGUUAACACCUUGUGCCAAGGGCCUGGUCUCUCCUCUGUUCAUCCCACCCAGGACCCACUGUGGCCUUGCUCCACCAUGUGUUUUAUAAAUGCUGGAGGCCUCCUUUGCAGUAGGCAGUCACGUGAAACCAGCCUUCCCUAAGUAUACUUCUCCAAAUGGUCAUGGGAGAGAAGUACCUUACAGUUUAGAAAAGCUACAAAUGGAAGAAAUAAAAGACACUAAAACUUAACCUCCUUUGCCUUACUUACACACAAGCCCAAAUAUGCAAAUUUUCUGUGAGUCCCAAACUAUUUUGUAAUUUUUGUCAAAUACAUUUUAAUUUUCUUCAGUAAACCACUGUAAGAAAAAGAAAACCAACAUAUGAGCCAGGCCUGAUGGAUCAGGCCUAUAGUCCCCAGUACCUGGGAGGCAGAGGCAAGAGGACCCCAAGUUCAGUGCUUUGUAUUAUACAGACUGAGUUCAAGACUAACCUAGGCCACUCAUAAAACCCUGUCUCAAAAUAAGGGGUGGGGAUAUGUCUUAGUGGUUAGUGCUUGCCUACAACAUUGUGAGGCCCGAAGUUCAAUGCCCCCACUACUACAGAAAGAAAAAAAAAGGGGCGACAUGCGUUCUUCAGGUCUCUCUGAUUCUGCCUUCUGUCUGGGAAGAGACCUAAAUAGUCCUUUGUGUCAGACCUGGUUGACAGAGAUGCUAUAGCAUCCGAAUUGUGUGUGACUCUUCCCAGCAUCGUACUUGUCACUGCUUGAACAUGACCCGCCUUGCACACAUUUCACGUAGGGGAAACCACAUAGUUUAAUGGAUUAGCCUGUAGUACGGAAACCACCUUCUCCUGUCUGUAGGCUGGCAAGAUAACUGAAAAAGCACAUCAGAGGUAGACAUAAAUGCCCUGUCCCAGUCUACAAACCUGUUUGUAGAUUUAAGGUAUACUUGGCCAUCGGGUCCUUGGCAUGUUUCUCAGCUUGUACCAUCCGAGUUAUUAGACUUCACUCCAUUUGGACAGUGGUAAACAACAUUGCCUUUUCUUCCUUCAGCCCGCAUACCAGUAUUGUAAAACUCUGCUUCCGAAACACAACUGUUUGUUUCUGCAGGUUCCUGUCGCCUUGUCAUACAGCUUGUUGCUUUUAUUGUAGUUUUGCCUUUUGACUUACAGAGUUUGAGACGCAAUCUCACUUGUUGAG